CUUUUAUCAAUCUUCUCUCCUUCCUCCCAUUUUCUAAUAAGACACACACCUCUUCACAUAUAACAUGCUUUUGGCAAUGGAAUAUUCUUCCUUUUCCUAACUACAGCUCCUCGACUUCAUUUUGAAUUUUAUUUCUGUUUGGAGACAAGCAGAUAAAAUUCAACAAUGGCGGUGGAGGUAAGAUGUUGCGGGACCGAUUUCAUUAUUCACAUACUCAUAAUAGUACUGUUGGUGUUGUUCGCUGGGAUGAUGUCCGGCCUUACUUUAGGCCUUAUGUCCUUGAGUCUUGUUGAUCUUGAGGUUCUUGCCAAGUCUGGUACUCCCACUCAUCGUAAACAUGCCGCAAAGAUAUUGCCGGUUGUCAAAAACCAGCAUUUGUUGCUUUGUACGCUACUUCUAUGCAAUGCCGCUGCAAUGGAGGCACUUCCCAUUUUCCUUGAUAGUCUGGUCACAGCAUGGGGUGCUAUCCUAAUUUCGGUUACCUUGAUUCUUGUGUUUGGUGAGAUAAUACCACAAGCUGUUUGUUCUCGAUACGGUUUGGCAAUUGGUGCAACAGUGGCUCCUAUUGUUCAAGUUCUUGUUUGGAUCUGUUUUCCUGUUGCCUACCCAAUAAGCAAGCUGUUGGACUUUCUUCUAGGCCAUAGACAUGUUGCACUUUUCCGAAGAGCUGAGUUGAAAACACUAGUAAAUUUGCAUGGCAAUGAGGCCGGAAAAGGUGGAGAACUGACGCAUGAUGAGACAACAAUUAUCGCUGGAGCACUUGAGCUUACUGAGAAAACUGCUAAAGAUGCCAUGACGCCCAUAUCUGAAACAUUUGCAAUUGAUAUUAAUGCCAAGUUCGACGGGGAAUUAAUGAGUUUAGUUUUGGAGAAAGGGCAUAGCAGAGUACCAGUUUAUUAUGAGCAGCCUACAAACAUUAUUGGAGUCAUUUUGGUCAAGAAUUUAUUGACAAUCCACCCUGAAGAUGAAGUGCCUGUGAAGAGGGUUACUAUACGAAGGAUUCCAAGGAUUCAAGAGGCGUUGCCAUUAUAUGAUAUAUUAAAUGAAUUUCAAAAGGGUCAUAGCCACAUGGCCGUUAUUGUAAGACAAUGUGACAAGACAGAGCAGUCGCCAUCUACUAACUCUGCCAAGGGUCCCUUGCCGGAAGUGAAAGUCGACUUUGAUGGCGAAAAACAUCCUCGAGAGAGUGCUUUAAGACGAAAGCAUUCAUUUAAGAAGUGGAAGAGCCUUCCCGUCACUAGUAAUUCUUUUAAAAGUGGUUCUCGGAGCAGGAAGUGGACAAAAGGUUUGAAUUCAGACAUCCUACAUCUAAAUGGCAAUCCACUCCCAACACACUCUGAAGAAGAGGCUGUUGGCAUAAUAACAAUGGAAGAUGUCAUUGAAGAGCUUUUAAAGGAAGAGAUCUUUGACGAGACAGAUCAUCAUUACGACGACUGGUGACCAUGUCAGACGUCUGGAUCAGUGGUGGUAUAAAAUGAGAUGAAAGAAGGAAAAGCUCAAUAUAGCUUAUGAUGAAUCAGCACCAUGGAAUAAGAAAUACGAAACUUGUAGUGUACAUUAAUUGUCAAAUACUCACUUCACUUGUCAUGUUUACUUCUUUUCUCA